CCAUGCCCCGCGCUCCACGCGCUGCCGCGACCCCCCAGCCUAGCGCAGCCUUGGCCCCCCGCAGCCGUCUCACCGCCGCGCCAGACAUGCAGUGAAGGCUGAAAAUCUGGGUCACAGCUGAGGAAGACCUCAGACAUGGAGUCCAGGAUGUGGCCUGUGCUGCUGCUGUCCCACCUCCUCCCUCUCUGGCCUCUGCUGUUGCUGCCUCUGCCACCGCCUGCUCAGGGCUCCUCUUCUUCCCCUCGAACCCCACCAGCCCCAGCCCGCCCCCCAUGUGCCCGGGGAGGCCCCUCGGCCCCACGCCACGUGUGCGUGUGGGAACGGGCACCUCCUCCGAGCCGAUCCCCUCGGGUCCCAAGAUCACGUCGGCAAGUCCUGCCAGGCACUGCGCCCCCUGCCACCCCAUCCGGCUUUGAGGAGGGGCCGCCCUCAUCCCAGUACCCCUGGGCUAUUGUGUGGGGCCCCACGGUGUCUCGAGAGGAUGGGGGCGACCCCAACUCUGCCAAUCCUGGAUUUCUCUAUGGUUUUGCAGCCCCUCAUGGGCUGGCUACCCCACACCCCAACUCAGACUCCAUGCGGGGUGAUGGAGAUGGGCUCAUCCUUGGAGAAGCACCUGCCACCCUGCGGCCGUUCCUGUUCGGGGGGCGUGGGGAAGGUGUGGACCCCCAGCUCUAUGUCACAAUCACCAUCUCCAUCAUCAUUGUUCUGGUUGCCACCGGCAUCAUCUUCAAGUUCUGCUGGGACCGCAGCCAGAAGCGGCGCCGGCCCUCGGGGCAGCAAGGUGCCCUGAGGCAGGAGGAGAGCCAGCAGCCACUGACUGACCUGUCCCCGGCUGGAGUCACUGUGCUGGGGGCCUUCGGGGACUCGCCUACCCCCACCCCUGACCACGAGGAACCCCGAGGGGGACCCCGGCCUGGGAUGCCCCAGUCCAAGGGGGCUCCAGCCUUCCAGUUGAACCGGAUUCCCCUGGUGAAUCUGUGAUGCUCCCCAAUGUUGGGGUGCUGCCAAGCAGGAGGCCAAGGGGCCGGCACAGCCCUCAUCCCACUGACGUGGGGCCACUGUGGGGGACUGGGGCCACAGGUGCCCCCGCCUUCUGCCCUUGCUCACCACCCUGAAACACUCAUUGGCCCCGGGGGCAAGCCUACUUGCCCUCCCGUAGGUGGGGGCCUUGCAUACCUGUGGCUUUGGGUCCCCAUCUCCACCCUUGCACACUCACAUGAAAGCCUUGCACACUCACCUCCACCCUCGCAGGCCGCUGCGUAUACUCGUGCUCCUGUGUGGCCCGUCUCCUGCACCCUCUCCAAUCCACACCUGUCUGCUCAGCGGACCUCUUACGGUCACCCUCUUGUGCACACGUCCACGUUCUCCCCCGCCAUUCCGUGUGCGGCUCGGCCCCUCGGUGACCCGAGCCCAGGCACACCUUACCUCUCUCUCACGUGCAUCUCCUGGCCCAGUGUGGUGGUGUUGCGUGACUCUCAUCCUGGCCCUGCGGGACUCCCACUAAUUGUUUCUGUGGCCCCUGCAUGCUGACCCAGAGGUGGGUGGGGGGUGAGCUGGGGGCCCCUCGUGCCCUCGUCUGUCACAGUCCCAUCCCACCCCAUGUCAUGUCUGUCUCCUCUGUCCCACUCCAAGGGCCCUCGGGGUUCCCCCUGGGAAUGGGGUGGUGAGACCCCCUCAGUGUCUCCCCUGCCCCACUGCUAAAUUCUGUUGUCUGAGAGAUGGGUUCUGGGGCACCGCCUGCUGCACUACAUGAGAAAGGGACUCCCCGUGUCCUUCCCUUCCUCCCCAGGCCCCUCUUGUCCUGUCCUGUGUGUGUGUGUGUGUGUGUAUGUGUGUGAGACUUUCUGAAAUUCAGAGCCCCUGAGCCUGUUCUCCCCUUCCCAGCCUUCCUUGGGGCCUCCCUAACUCCACCUAGGCUGCCGGGACUGGAGCCAGCUGGUUCAAGGCCAUCAGGAGCUCUGCCUCCAAAUCCACCCCUCUCCUUCCUGGGCUCCCUCCUCAUGCCCCUCCUUUGUCCCUCC